AUGACGAGGCUCGUGCCGUACACUUUCAAGCUGGAGCCUAGAGCCGGACACCGGUGUCGAGUGCCGGUGUCGGCGCCGCGACACUCGUGCGACCGCGUGUCCGACCGCGCCUCGCGGCACUACAAUCGCCAACAAUCUUCAAGCAAUAUAAAACUCGUAAUCUUACUAUUUAUUAAAUUCAAUUUUUGGUGUUUUAACGCAGAUGCGAGGAGAAAAGUUAUUGCAUGGAUCCGGCGCCCGCUCGGGGAGUCCCCGCGCGGCUCAGACGCCGGGGAGUCCCCGCGCGGCGCCUCACAAACAGACGCGAGUGCUUUACUUACACAUUUUCCGUUAUUUAUAAAAACAUCUAUGAAGCGGGUGUUGGUUGGCGAGGACGGGGGUCGAGUCGGACGAAGCGUGGAGAAAAGCACACGCGGGCUAUGUACAGCACAACACUAUGGACCGUGCACUACCUCGAGCGUGCACUCGCCGCGACAACACGCCUUCACCGACAGCCGUCGCCACUAUACAAAUUUGGCAACUAUCUACGUCAGGCCAUAUAAUGUGGAAACACGUAGGAAAUAUAUAUAUAUAUGCGGUGCCAUGCUAAUGCACCUGCGCCGCACACACGAGAGAGAGCGAAAGGGAAACAUCGCUCAUCCCGCUCUCUCCCGCUCAGGUGCGUGCGGACACAAUGACAGCUGUCAGUGG